AGAGCCGCCGGGACGCGUCCCAUGGGGGAGGCUCCCGUGGCAGAGCUGGAGGCGGUGCUGGGUGGUGGCAGCUGGGACGUGGGGACGAGCUUCGAGGGUGCCCCCCAGCCCUCCGUGCCAGUCCGCCUGGGGAGGAACAUCUGCUACGUGGUCCUGGCUGUGCUCUUCAACGAGGAGGACCAUGUGCUGCUGGUGCAGGAGGCCAAGGCGGAGUGCCGUGGGCAGUGGUACCUGCCGGCGGGCAGGAUGGAGCCCGGGGAGGGCAUCGUGGCUGCCAUGAGGAGGGAGGUGAAGGAAGAGACAGGGCUGGAGUGUGAAGCCCUCACCCUGCUGGCGCUGGAGGAGAGGGCACCAGCCUGGAUCCGCUUCGCCUUCCUGGCCCGCCCCACCGGGGGGACCCUGAAGACCCUCGAUGCUGCUGAUGCCGAUUCCCUCCAGGCGACCUGGUGGGCAGGGGACCCCCGUGCCCUGCCGCUGCGUGCCCCUGACAUCCUGCCCCUGCUGGAGCUCGCUGCCCGCUACCGCCGCAGCCCCCCGCACCCCCCGGCGCUGCCCCAGGACCUGCCCUGUGCCCACCUCUGCUUGCGGCUCCUCAUCGCCUUCACCAACCCCGCUGGGGACCUGUGGGUGCUGCUGGGCACGGCUGGCACCCCCCACUUACCCUUGGUGGUUUGUGGCACGUCCCCAGGCGAGCCCCGGGGCGGAGGUCUGCGCCUGCCUGUGCUGCGCCUGCUGCGGGACUGCCUGGCACAGGACCCCCGCCCGGGCCCCCUGGGGCUGCUGGGGCUGCAGCACCAUGCCGGGGGGGGGGAUGGGGUCUGCUUUAACCUGGUGCUGAGCAUCCCCGCGGGCAGCGCUGGCGGUGCCCCCCCGGAGCUGCGCUGCCCCUCUCUGCGCUGGUGCCAGGUGGCGGAGGAGGGGCUGAAGGGACACAUCCUGCGGCGGCUCCGCACGGCGGUGCCCAUCCGCAGCUGAGGGCACAGCGAACACCAGCGGCACGCUUCUGGGCACGGGGCAGGGGCCAGCUGGGAUGUGGACUGCGGGUGGAGGUGUCUGGGGGGGGGGUGUCUGUCGUGUCCCUCCCCCACAAGAGCUGCGGUGCCCAUCCGGGGUGUUUUGGGGCAGGGCAGGGUGCUGGGGGGUGCUGGGCGGUGCCAGAGCAGAAAUAAACCCAGCUGCUGCUUCUUGCGUC